AUGCACUGCUUCUGGGACCCGCCUGGGCUGCAGUCAGGACUCACACGGCACCAGCUGGUGGCACAGCCUGGCCUCUACUACAGUGUAGAUGAUCAGUGCCGUGUGGCUUUUGGCUCGGGGGCUAUUGCCUGCACCUUCUCCAGGGAGGGUCUGGAUACAUGCCAGGCUCUGUCCUGCCACACAGACCCCCUGGACCAAAGCAGCUGCAGCCGCCUCCUUGUUCCUCUCCUGGAUGGGACAGAAUGUGGUGUGGAGAAGUGGUGCUCCAAGGCUCGGUGUCGAUCCCUUGCUGAGCUGGCUCCUGUGGCUGCGGUACAUGGACACUGGUCUAGCUGGGGCCCCCAUAGUCCUUGCUCUCGAUCCUGUGGAGGAGGCGUGAUCACCAGGAGGCGGUGGUGCAACAACCCCAGGCCUGCAUUUGGAGGACAUGCAUGUGUGGGUGAGGACCUCCAGGCUAAGAUGUGCAACAUGCAGGCUUGUGAGAAGACUCAGCUGGAGUUCAUGUCCGAGCAGUGUGCCAAGACAGACAGACAGCCACUACAACUUUCCCAAGGCACUGCCUCCUUCUACCACUGGGACGCUGCUGUGCAGCACAGUCAAGGAGAUACUCUGUGCAGACACAUGUGCUGGGCUGUUGGAGAAAGCUUCAUUGUCAGCCGUGGAGACAGUUUCCUAGAUGGGACCCGUUGUGUGCCAAGUGGUCCUCGGGACGAUGGGACCCUAAGCCUCUGUUUAUUGGGCAGCUGCAGGACCUUUGGCUGUGAUGGCAGGAUGGACUCCCAGCAGGUUUGGGAUGUGUGCCAGGUGUGUGGAGGAGACAAUAGCACCUGCAGUUCACAGAAUGGCUCUUUCACAGCUGGGAGAGCCAGAGAAUAUGUCACGUUCCUGACAGUUACACCCAAUAUGACCAGCGUGAACAUUGUCAACCGCAGGCCUCUCUUCACACACUUGGCUGUGAGGAUCCAGGGCCACUACAUUGUGGCAGGGAAGACUAGCAUCUCGUCUAACAUCACGUACCCUUCCCUUCUGGAGGACUACCGCAUGGAGUACAGAGUGACUCUCACUGAGGACCAGCUGCCCCACUUAGAGGAGAUUCACAUCCGGGGACCUGUCCGGGAGGACACUGAGAUCCAGGUGUACAGACGAUAUGGAGGUGAAUAUGGGGAUCUUACACACCCAGACAUCACCUUUACCUACUUUCAACUGAAGCAAGAGGCAGCCUGGGUAUGGACCUCUAAGCAUGGACCCUGCUCAGUGAGCUGUGGAGCAGGGAUGCGCUGGGUAACCUACAGCUGCCAGGAUCAAGCUCAAAACAAGUGGGUGGAGAACACCCAGUGCCAAGGGAGCCCACAGCCACCUGCAUGGCAAGAGCCUUGUGUUUCUGCCCCCUGCUCCCCAUAUUGGGUAUCCGGAGACUUCAGUCCAUGUAGUGUGUCUUGUGGUGGGGGUCUUCGGGAGCGGUCACUGCACUGUGUGGAAGCCCAAGACGGCUUCUUAAAGAUGCUGCCACCAGCCCGGUGCAGAGCGGUAGCCCAGCAGCCAGCAACAGAGGUGGAAAACUGCAACUCCCAGCCCUGUCCCACCAGUGACCACACGGCUGUGACUGAAAUAUCCUCCAUGUCCAAACUGGUCUUCACUUAUUGGCCUGUUACCAAUGGGCUGGACGAUCAGCAUGGCUUCAGAUGGGAGGUGUCAGACCCUGGUCCUUGCAAGUCAUCUGCCUGUGAAACAGGUCUGGACUCAAGGAAUGUGACAUGUGUGCCCAGGGUGGGUGACCCGGAGAAGCCAGCAACUGCAGGCCCCUGCUGCACAGAUGAGAUAUCACCUAUGCUGGAGCCCUGUUUCAGGACUACAUGUUCUCCAGACUCGGGUCAGGUGGGCACCAUGUCUCUGGGAGAGGAGGCUCCAUCCCCAGUGGGCAGUGACAAGCCAGGCUUUCAGGCUGAACAUGUGUGGACUCCUCUGGUGGGGCUGUGCUCCAUUUCUUGUGGGAAAGGUCUGAAGGAACUGUAUUUUCUGUGCAUGGAUUCUGUCCUCAAGAUGCCUGUCCAGGAAGAGCUAUGUGGCAUGGCUAGUAAGCCCCCAAGCCGGUGGGAGGUCUGCAGGGUUCAUCCAUGUCCUGCUCGGUGGGAGACUCAAGUCUUGGCACCGUGCCCAGUAACUUGUGGAGGUGGCCGAGUGCCACUGGCUGUUCGUUGUGUGCAGCUGAACCAUGGCCGCCCUAUGUCUGUAGCUCACUCCAAGUGCUGGCCAGUGCCUAGGCCAGGCUCCUUUGAGGACUGCAGCCCUGAGCCUUGUCCUGCUAGAUGGAAAGUCCUGUCCCUUGGCCCAUGCUCAGCCAGCUGUGGCCUUGGCACUGCCACGCAAAUGGUGGCCUGCAUGCAGCUUGACCAAGGCCAUGACAAUGAGGUGGAUGAAACUUAUUGUAAGGCUCUGGUGCGGCCCCCGGCCAGUGUCCCCUGCCUCAUUGCUGACUGUGCAUACCGGUGGCACAUUAGCACCUGGACAGAGUGCUCUGUCUCCUGUGGGGAUGGCAUCCAGCGCCGGCAUGACACCUGCCUUGGACCCCAGGCCCAAGUGCCUGUGCCAGCCAACUUCUGCCAGCACCUGCCCAAGCCAGUGACCGUGAGAGCCUGCUGGGCUGGACCCUGUGCAGGGCAGGAAAUCUCCCACUCACUGACUCACACAGAAGCUACUCUUCCCAGUCAGACCCAGGCUGCCGUUACUGUUGCCUCUCUGCAGUGGACCCAACCCCAAGGCCAGGCCCGCACCCUAUUCCCAGCCUCCCAGUCUCUGGGGCUCCAGGAAAACCUGAAAGAGCCUGGUGCCUGUGGAAGGCAGUACCUGGAGCCCACAGGAACCAUUGACAUGCGAGGUAAAGGACAGCUAGACUGUGUGGUGGCCAUUGGGAGACCUCUAGGUGAAGUGGUGACCCUCCAAAUCCUCGAGAGCUCCCUCAAGUGUAGUGCAGGGGAGCUGCUGCUGCUCUGGGGUAGGUUCACAUGGAGGAAGAUAUGCUGGAAGAUGCCUGGCAUGACUUUCAGCACCAAAACCAACACGUUAGUGGUGAGGCAGCAUCGUGUGGUGUCAGAAGGUGGAGUGCUGCUACAGUACCAGAGCCGACCUGCCCCGGGGAACCUCCACAAAGAAUGUGACAAGCAGCUCUUUGGACCUCGAGGUGAAAUUGUGAGUCCCUCACUGAGCCCAGAUGAGAGGAAGGCAGGGACCUGCAGGGUCUUCAUCAGUGUGGCCCCACAGGCUCGAAUUGCCAUCCGUGCCCUGGCCAGUGACAUGGGCACUGCUUCUGAGGGGACCAAUGCCAACUAUGUCUUGAUCAGGGAUAUCCACAGUCUGAGGACCACGACAUUUUGGGGGCAGCAGGUGCUCUACUGGGAGUCAGAAGGCAGUGAGGCUGAAUUGGAAUUUAGCCCUGGCUUCCUGGAGACGCAUGCCAGCCUCCAGGGCCAGUACUGGACCAUCCCACCGAGGACACCGUAACAGGACAACAGUCUAGCUCUGUCCUAGAUUUCUCUCCAAUAGCUGGCUGGAAAGGGAGGCAACCCUACUCGGGAAAGGGUGACCAUCCCUGAAAUAUGCAACUCUAGCCUCUUGAGAGGUUUUAAUGCCUGCUAGCCUUAGGGAACCUCUUUUAGUGACCUUUUCCAGGUGCAGAAGGGCCAGGACUGGGAGGUGGAGAUCUGAAAAGCAGUCCCAGCCUCCAGUGGUUAAUAAAGGACACAGGUUUGAAACCAGA